AUGCCGAGUGAUGAACAUUCCUUACCGAUCCCUGUUCCUAAAACUGAUUCGAAAGCAACAGAUGUUCAGCAAAAGAUUAAUCAACCUGUAUCACCACUUUCGUUGUCUGAGCCAGGAUCAGUAAUAUAUCUGUCCCCAGCUACUGAAAAUGCUAUGGCGUCAAUAGCACCUAUGCUAGAAGGGUAUGCGCCUAAGACUUCAGCGGAGGAGUCAAAGACCACAAACUUCCAAGGCUCUCCAGGUCAAUUAAGUGUUGAAAACGUGGGUAAUUUGACGACAAGGUCAAAUUCUGUUGCUGAGCCCAAUAGGUUAAACAAGACAAUCUCAAACUCUUCGUCAACUUCAAAAAAAUCUGUUUCAAUUUCAAAAGAUCCUGAGGGCCCAAAAUUACCAAAAGUUGGAAAGAUUGGUGUCUGUGCAAUGGACGCCAAGGCAAUGUCAAAGCCCUGCAGAAAGAUUUUAAAUCGUUUGAUUGAAAAUGGUGAAUUUGAAACUGUCAUUUUCGGUGACAAAGUUAUCCUUGAUGAAGCUAUUGAAAAUUGGCCCACUUGUGAUUUUUUAAUCAGUUUUUUCUCUACUGGUUUCCCAUUAGAUAAGGCGAUUAAUUAUGCUAAUUAUCGUAAACCUUACAUGUUAAAUGACCUUAUUUUACAAAAAACUCUUUGGGAUAGAAGAUUGGUUCUCAAUAUCUUGGACCAUGCCAAAGUACCUACUCCUGAGCGCUUAGAAAUCAGUAGAGAUGGCGGACCAGAGAUAGAUGAUACUCUUCUUAAGAAGCUUAAAGAGAUCGGGAUGACAGACGAGCAAUUGUAUAACCUCACAAACCAAUCAGAGAUAAACUGGGAGAUGGUUGACGAAGAUACCUUGAAAGUGGGUGAUAAAAUAAUGAAAAAACCUUUUGUGGAGAAGCCUGUUGAUGGUGAAGAUCACAAUGUGUUUAUAUAUUAUCCUAAAGCAACUGGUGGCGGUGGCAGAAGGUUGUUUAGAAAAAUUGGAAAUAAAUCAUCGGAAUUCGAUCCCGAAUUGAGUACUCCCAGAUUAGAGGGUUCUUUCGUUUAUGAAAGAUUCAUGGAUACCGAUAAUUUUGAAGAUGUGAAAGCCUACACAGUUGGACCAAAUUUCUGUCACGCUGAGACGCGUAAAUCUCCUGUUGUUGAUGGUAUCGUCAGAAGAAAUACUCACGGAAAAGAAAUUCGUUUCGUUACCCAGCUUACUGAGGAGGAGACUGAAAUGGCACGAAACGUUAGUAAAACCUUUCAACAAACCAUAUGUGGAUUUGAUUUGUUGAGGGUUAAUGUGAAGUCAUACGUUAUAGAUGUUAAUGGAUUUUCAUUCGUCAAAGAUAAUAAUGAGUACUAUGAUGCAUGUGCUUCUAUCUUGAGGUCUCUUUUCAUAGAAGCGAAGAAGUCUCGAGAUCUAUUAAAGACAAAAAUCACUCAUCUGUCAGAGCACAGAAGCCAAUUUGAAGAGAAGGAACAGAAGUGGGUAUUCAAAGGGUUGGUUUCUGUUAUAAGGCAUGCUGAUCGAACUCCAAAGCAGAAGUUUAAAUACUCCUUCCGAUCACCUCUUUUCAUAUCUUUAUUGAAGGGCCAUAAGGAAGAGGUGAUCAUCAGAGCGGUUGCAGAUUUGCAAGUGAUUUUGGAAACAGUCAAGAUUGCAGAAGAGAAGCAAUUAGAAGACGCUAAAAAGCUUAAGCAACUUAGAGGUGCGUUGGAGAAGAAGAUGAAUUUUCCAGGAACCAAAAUCCAACUAAAGCCAUCUUUGAAUAAGGAAAAUCCAGAUAUUGUGGAAAAAGUCCAAUUGAUAUUGAAAUGGGGAGGUGAACCUACUCACUCGGCAAAAUAUCAAGCGACUGAUGUUGGUGAGCAAUUAAGGCAGAACAUCAAGUUGCUAAACCGGAAUGCAUUAAAAGAUGUUAAAGUGUUUACUUCUUCAGAAAGGAGAGUGAUUGCGAGUGCACAGAUCGCUACCAUGGCACUAUUAGACGUGGAUGAGUUACCAGACGAUUUCUUGAUUAUUAGGAAGGAUUUACUUGAUGAUUCAAACGCAGCCAAAGAUUUAAUGGAUAAGGUCAAGAAAAAAUUGAAGCCACUUUUGAGACAGGGGGCAGAGGCUCCACCUCAGUUUACAUGGCCACCAAAAAUGCCACAACCAUUUGAGGUAAUCAAGAGGGUCUGUCAACUUAUGAAUUUCCAUCAUCAAAUCAUGGAGUACAAUUUCGAAACUAAAGAUGUUGACGAGUUUCAAAAGAAUUGGUGUUGUGGUGAAGAUCCUUAUUUAUUCAAAGAGAGAUGGGAUAAAUUAUUUCAGGAGUUUACAACUGUCGAAAAGACACAUCCAUCAAAAAUAUCGGAGCUAUAUGAUACAAUGAAAUAUGACGCUUUACAUAAUCGACAAAUUUUGCAGAAAGUGUUUGCAUUUAAUCCAAAUGAUGAAAGACUAAUAGAAAGAUUGAAUAAGAGUUGUGGAGAUACUAUAAACUCAUCAGGAUUGGUCAGUGAAUACCCUAUCAACAUUUUAGCGAUGAAUAACUUUAAGUUGCCUGAGAAUGGAAAUUCUAGCUCUCAAUCGAGCUCAAGUUCUAAUUUACACAACAUCACUUCCACCCCGGGUUCUGCUGGAUCUCUUGGUUGGGUUUUGAAAGGUGUUACUUCGACUAUAAAAAAUUCCACUUACAAUAACGACACAAAUACGAAUAAAGAGAUGAACAAGAUUGAAAAUCCUUUUGAUCAUCCAACUUUUGCCAGAUUGAGGGAGCUAUAUCGACUUUCUAAAGUCCUUUUUGACUUUAUUUGUCCACAAGAAUACGGAAUCGAAGAUGAGGAGAAACUUGACAUUGGUCUUUUAACAUCACUUCCUUUAGCUAAGCAGAUACUUUCGGACAUUCAAGAUAUGAAGAAACAUGAUACUGCUGCAGUGGUUAAUUACUUUACCAAAGAAUCACAUAUAUACACCUUGUUGAAUGUCAUUUACGAAACUCAUCUUCCAAUGAAAAUAGCCAGAAAUGCUUUACCUGAAUUGGAUUACUUGUCGCAAAUUGUAUUUGAAUUAUAUGAGUGUGAGGAUAGUAGAAGUGCCUCUGGAAAAAAGCAUUCCAUCAGGUUGUCUUUAUCACCGGGGUGCCAUACCCAGGAUCCUUUGGAUGUCCAAUUGGAUGAUGACCACUACAUUGGUUGCAUUCCACGUAUUAGUUUAACUAGACAUUUGGAUAUUGAUCUCGUUACUCAAAAAUUAAGAUCUAGAUUCACAAGGGUUUCUUUACCAAAAAAGUUCACACCAGUCAAUAUUUCAAGCCCUCUUGCCAGUGGAAUUUGA